AAAUUCUCUCCCUCUCUCCAGCCUCUGUAGGUGUGGCACAGAUGAGGGUCCUACAGCAUUUUUCUUUCGAUUUCGAUUUCAAGCCGUUGCUGCUGAAAUGGCGUCAGGUUCAGUAAGUGAUCUGAGGAUUGUUCUGCUAGGAAAGAACGAAUCUGAAAACAGUGAAGUGGGAAACAUUAUACUGGGUACAACUGCGUUUCAGAGUAAAGCCCUGUCUUAUUCACAGCAUCUCAAUGAGAAAAUCAGUGGACAAGUUGAGAAGAGACACAUCACAGUCAUCAAAACUAACCUGUUGCAGCCACAUCUCCCACAGCAUCAGAUAGUAAAGGGAGUGAGAGAAUGUGUGUCUCUGUCUGCUCCUGGACCUCAUUUAAUCGCACUCAUACUGCAGUAUAAGGACUUCACAGAGGAGGACAUGAGAACUGUGUAUAAUGUGCUGAGUCUCUUCAGUAUGCAGGCCAUUAAACACACAAUAGUGGUGACAACUGAUGAAGACUCUAUUUCAUCUAAAAUCACCUCAAAGCUAUGGAAUAAUGUUAUUCAUAAUUUAAUAAAGGACUGUGGAGGAGGAUAUCUUAAGUUUGAUUCAAAAGACUCAGGAUGGCGCUCUGAGAUUUUGAAAAGGACAGAGGAUAUACUCAAGAAAGAAAAUGAAGAAUUUCUCAUCUGUAACAUAUAUGAAGAUGGAGGUGAUGGAUCAUCAGUGGAUGGAGAUCUGAGCAGAUCUGGAAGUUCAGGCAGAGAUGAUGACAAACAUAAAGAGGACCAUGCUGAGAGCAUAAAAACAGGACGUGGUGGAGGAGUGACUACUGGAAAAGCGAAGCUGAACUUUGUGAUGUGUGGAAAUAAUGCAACACUCAAGUCUUCAGUGUCUAAAGCCUUUCGAGGGACUAUCAAUAAACAAAAGAAUAAACUUUUACCUCAAAGAGAGAGGAGUAAUGUGUGUGUGAAGAAAGAGGAGAAGAUACAUGGACGGCAGAUCAGUGUAAUAGAGCUUCCAGCUCUCUCUCAGCUCUCAGACGAGGAAGUGAUGUGUCAGACUCGCAACUCUGUGUCUCUCUGUGAUCCUGGAGUUCAUGUUUUCAUCCUCGUUACUCCUGUCAGUCCACUCAAUAAGGAAGACAAAGCAGAAAUGGAGAAGAUUGAAAGAAUAUAUAACUCUAAAGAGCAUUUCAUGGUGCUUUUCACUACUGAACUCAGUAUUGACAAAAAAAUCACAGAUUUUGUAGAAUCUACAGAAUCUCAGAGGAUUGUGAGUCUCUAUGGGAGUUGGCACAGUGUGAUGGGGUUAAAGGACCAGAGAAGCUCAGAACAGAUCUCAGCCCUGUUUGAUUGUAUAGAGAGCAUGAAGACUGAACCCUAUUCCCUUCAGAUGUACUUGAGAGCUCCAGAGAAGAGAGUCAGAGAAGAGCUAGAGGAGAAACUGAGUGUGAGAGACAAAGAAAUCAAAGAGUUACAGCAGAAGAUCAAAACACUGGCUCCAGAUGGUGUGAAGCUGAAUCUGGUUGUGUGUGGGAGUAACAGUGAAUUCAAAUCCUUCUUAUCAAACCUGAUCCUGAAGCAGAGCGAGGGAAAAUCAGAGCUGAGCUCAGAGUGUAUGAGGAGAGACGUGGAGAUGCAUGGACGUCUGAUCAGUCUGGUGGAGCUUCCAGCUCUGUUCAACACUCAGCUCUCAGAGGAGGAAGUGAUGCGUCAGGCUCACCGAUGUGUGUCUCUCUGUCAUCCUGGAGUUCACGCUUUCCUCCUCAUUCUUCCUGAUGGUCCAAUUAAUAAUGAAGACAAAGCAGAAUCUGAGAGGAUCCAGAGAAUAUUCAGCUCAAGAAUCAACAAGCACACCAUGAUCCUCAUAAAGCAGAGUUCAGAGCAUCACACAGCAGAACUAAAAGAAGAAACUCAGUAUGUCAUUGAGAGUUUUGGAGGACGACGACACUUCGUUGGACCAGACACACAAGGGUCUGAGCUGGUGGAGAAAUUAAAGCAGAUGGUUGAGGAAAACAGUGGUGAUUGCUUCUCCACAGAGACGUUGUUGGAUGCACAGAUGGAAAAACUGCAGAAAUUUGAAGAAAUGAAGAGGAGAAUCCAUUCUUUAGAGACGUGGUUUCAGACACAAGAUCCGAGAAACAGAGAAGAUGAACUGAGGAUUGUGCUGCUGGGAAAAACUGGAGUUGGGAAGAGUUCAACUGGAAACACCAUCUUAGGAACAGAAGCAUAUAUAUAUGACUUUUCUGGAAAGUCUGUUACUAAAGUGUGUCAGAAAGAGACACAUGAAAUCAACAGAAGACACAUUACUGUGAUCGACACUCCAGGACUGUUUGAUACUGAACUCAGUAAUGAUGAAAUCCAGAGAGAAAUCAGAAACUGCAUCUCCAUGAUCCUGCCUGGACCACAUGUGUUUCUCUUACUGAUUCCACUGGGACGAUUCACUCAAGAGGAAGAGAAAUCAGUGAAGAUCAUCCGAGAGACGUUUGGUGAUAACUCAUUAAUGUACACCAUAGUGCUGUUUACCAAUGGAGACAAACUGAAGAACAAAACCAUUGAACAUUUCUUGGCAAACACUGGAUCUUCUCUUAAAAACCUCAUUACUGAGUGUGGAAACAGAUUCCAUGUGUUUAAUAAUGAGACCAAAGACCGAACACAGGUGACUGAUCUACUGCAGAAGAUAGACGAAAUGGUGAAAGCAAAUGGAGGGAGUUACUACUCAUGUAAGAUGUUCAGAGAGAUGGAGAGAGAACUACAAGAACAACAGAAGAAGAUACUGACAGAGAAAGCAGAUCAAUUGAACAGAGAAAAAGAAGAACUGAUAAAGAAACAUAAAGAAGAGAUAAAUAAGUUGAAGACUAAGAUGGAAGAAGAUCAUGAAAAAGAGAAAAAGAGAAGAGAAGAGGAAUGUAAAGACAGGGAAGAUCGAUUUAAAAGAGAUAUCAAAGACAUAGAGGAACAAGAGAGAAAGAUACGAGAGGAGCUGAAGAGAGAACGAGAGGAAUGGGAGAAACAGAAACGACAAGAAAGACAAAGAAGAGAAGAAGAGGAGGAGAAAAGCAGAAAGAAAGAGCAGGCAAUGUGGAAUGAAUAUAAUCAGAGAUUUAAACAAGAGAUGGAGACAAUGAAGAUGCUGAUAAAGGAAGAAAGACAGAAUCGUGAUACAGAGAGAAAGAGAAUAGAAGAAGAAUUUAUAGCAGAACGAUAUAAAAGAGACAUUAAAGAUAUAGAGGACCAAGAGAGAAAGAUUCUGGAAGAGCUGAAGAGAGAACGAGAGGGAUGGGAGAAACAGAAACAACAGGAAAGACAAAGAGAAGAAGAGGAAGAAGAGAAAGAAACAGAUAAAACUUCAUUUAAUGAAUUUAAUGAACUUCAUAAAGGAACUCCUGACACUCAGCGCCCAAACAAUGAUGAAAUGGAUCCAGAAUGUUUGAGAAUCUUGCUGUUCGGGAGGACCGGAAGCGGAAAGUCUGCAACAGGAAAUACUAUCCUUGGAAAAAAUGUGUUUUACAGUAAAGACAGUUCAUGUUUAGUGACCACUGCUUGUACAAAGGUCAUCGGUGAAGUUGACGGUCGGUCAGUAGCUGUUAUUGAUACUCCAGGACUCUUUGACCCCUCACUGACAAACGAACAAGUGCAGGAAGAAAUCAUGAAAUGCAUUUCACUGACAGCACCUGGACCACACGUGUUCAUCGCUGUGUUUAAUAUGGGAAAAAUCACCAAGGAGGAGAAAGACACUUUAGAAAUGAUAACCAAGAUAUUUGGCCCAGAAGCAGCAGAUUUCAGCAUUGUUCUCUACACCAGAAAAGACAAAUUUAAAAAACAAACAAUAGAACAGUAUGUAGGGAAAUAUAAAAAUGAAGAACUCGACAAACUGAUCAGAGAUUAUGGAAACCGAUUCCUGGCUUUUAACAAUACAGAUAUACAAGAUCGGGAACAAGUUAAGCAGCUGUUAAAUAAAAUAGAAGAAAUGAGGAAAUCUAAGCAGGGCAGAUAUUUCACUAAUGAGAUGUUUGAGGAUGCAGCGGUCUCCAUUGAACAGAGAAUGAAAAUGCUAAAAGAAAAUGAAAGAAAAAAUCAGGCUCAAGUUAAUGAAUUAACAGCCAUAUAUGACAUGGAAGACAAAAUCAUGAGAAAGAGACUGGAAGAGAAAAAACGUCGGGUGGAUGAGGAGAGAGAGAGACUGAAAAAGAAGUUCAGAGAACAAGAGGAAACACUCAGGAGAGAGUUUGAGGAGAAAGACAAAUCAGAGCAAGAGAAACAAGAGCUCGAGGAUCAGAAACAAUCAGAGCUGAAAAAACAGCUAAACGAUGAAUACGAUCAAAGAGUAGAGGAGAUGAAGAGAGAAAAUGAAGAUCAGAGAAAACAGUAUGAAAAUCAGCAAAAAGAAAGAGAAGAAGAAGAAAAAACUAGAGAAGAAAAAUACAAACAAGAUCUAGAAAAGAUGAAAUAUGAUCAUCAACACAUCAUGUCAGAGUUAAGAAUGAAACAGGAAGAGGAAAUAAAACAGAGAGAUUCAGAGGAGCGGAUAAGGAUGGAACAAGUAGAGAAAGAGAGAGAAGAAUGGAAGAGAAAAUUAAAAGAGGCAGAAAAUGACGAAGAGACCAAACGACAGCAGAGAGAAUGGGAGGAAGAGAAGAAACGACAGAUGAGGGAACUAAAGGAAGAGGAAAGGAAGAGGAAAGAGAGGCACGAGGAACAGCUGAGAGAAAAACAAGAAGAACUGGAGAACAAGGAGAAAGACUUUGAAAGAGAGAGAGAAGAAGAAAGACAAAACAGAGAGGAGGAGAAACAGCAACAGAUAAGAGAGAGAGAGCAGAAAUAUAGAGAAUAUGAAGAAAAGAAAAAGGAAAUGGAGAAGCUGGAGCGAGAGAGAAAAGAAGAAUGGAAGACAAGAAAACAAGAGGAUGAAGAGAGACGAGUGGCGAAGAGAAAGAGAUGGGAGAAAAUGAUGAAAGAUCUGAAGCAAGAGCAAGAGGAGGAGAUCAGGAGAAGAGAAAGAGAGGAGAGAGAAAGAAUAGACAGAGAAGAAAAAGUGUGUGAUGAGAUGAUACAGAGGCAUGAAGAGGAAAUAGAGAAGAUGAAGAAUGAUCGUGAUGAUGAAACUAGAGCACAAGAAGAGGAACUGAAGAAGUUCAGAGAGAAAGCUGAUCAGCAGCUUCAAGAGCUGAAGAACAAGAUAGCUGAAGCCUAUGAGGAGGAAAAAAUAAGAAGGGAAAGAAGCUCAUGUCAUGUCAUGUGAAACAUCUUUUACAAAUGAUUGAGAUGUUCUUUAUUAGGUCUUUCUCUCUAGCAUAAGUGAGCUACUCUAUAUGUCUUCACGUAAUCUGGGAUUUAUCCAUUCAUGCUCAUUUAAUUAUAGAACCAUUCAUUGAAUUAUUCAUUUUAAUCACAUUAUCAUUUCUCAAACAUUUUAACUAUUUAGUCAUUUAUUAUUUGCCUUUUAUAUUUCCCUUGCUUUUAUUGUUCACUAUAGCAUCAAGACUCUGCUCAGUGCCACUGACAAAAACAACAACAAAAACAACAACGUGUAUACGAAUGAUUUUAUUUGUAUAAAUAAUAUGUAACAUUUACAUAUGGCAACUGCAAAGCAUCCGGUGUGUAAACAUCAUAUAUACACUUGAGCCAUAUUUUUAAACAUGUUGAGCAUUGCUUUAAAUGCGCUUGUAACGAUACAAUCUUUGUAAUCAUCGGGAAGAAGGAGGCGGGAACCGGCGCACAAUCAAAACUCAUUUUAAUAUUCAAAAGUAAAUACAAAACGGCGCACCAGCCCCUCACGGACGACUGGUGCGCAUAAAUAAAAAGCAAACAUAAAAUAAUGUCCCAGGCCUGGUCCUCUCUCGUCCUUCACGGUCGUCACUCCAGUUUUAUAUCCUUCCAUCUCCUACGUGGGACUCAAGACCGGCGGUGGGGCGCAGGUGUAGCUCAUCUCCAAUCACUACACCUGGCCUCACUCCUCGUUCCCACGCCUCUCGGCCCCGCCCCACUCGCCACAUACCCCCAUCGCCCCUCGCAGGCCGGGGGGUACCCUCGAGACUGCGCUCUACUCCCCCCCCCCCCCUCCCUCCGGGGGGGACCGCUCACGGGGACCUGCGGGAACCUGGGGGUAGGACAGACGAGGCGAGAGAAAAGGAGAUGGAAGGAGGAGCGACAAGGACGAGAGAGGGGAGAGAGGAAAAAAAAAAAAAAAAUUCCGGUUCCCAGACGCACUGCUGCUCGGCCCUCCACCGGCUGGGUGAUCACCUCCGCGGUGCCCGGCGGUGGCACUGGACGGCCCUCGGCGGACGGCACGACACUCCUCCGCCGCCCGGUGGACGGCGACGGCUCCUCCGAUUUUGGGCAGCGGCAGGAGUCCCCCGUUCCCUGCCCCUCCGGAUUCAGUCACGGAGGCGGCAGGCUCCGGCCCCCUGGCGAACGGCGCCGACUCCUCCGCUCCCUCACGGACGGCAGCCGCCCCUCCAUAUCGUGGGCGGUCGGUAGCGAGCUCGCCCGUCCCCGGCAACUCGCUCCAGCCCACCGCCUCGAGCGUCCCUGGCGGCACAUACCUCGCCUGCUCGAGGGUACCGCGGAUUCACCACAGCGGCGAGGGAUCUUCAGCAGCGCGUCCCUCCUUCUCCCGGGCUUCGGCACCACUGUAACGAUACAAUCUUUGUAAUCAUCGGGAAGAAGGAGGCGGGAACCGGCGCACAAUCAAAACUCAUUUUAAUAUUCAAAAGUAAAUACAAAACGGCGCACUAGCCCCUCACGGACGACUGGUGCGCAUAAAUAAAAAGCAAACAUAAAAUAAUGUCCCAGGCCUGGUCCUCUCUCGUCCUUCACGGUCGUCACUCCAGUUUUAUAUCCUUCCAUCUCCUACGUGGGACUCAAGACCGGCGGUGGGGCGCAGGUGUAGCUCAUCUCCAAUCACUACACCUGGCCUCACUCCUCGUUCCCACGCCUCUCGGCCCCGCCCCACUCGCCACAGCGCUUUAAUCCGUUGUCAAGCGCACAAUCCACCACACAAUUCAUAUUGGAAUAAAUUGAAGUACUGGGUCUGUGCUAGUGGACACACUAUUAUUACUGUGUGUUAAAGGAUAUUUGUCUUCAAGAGUAAGAGAGUGUCACCAUUUUAAGGUUUUAAACAUCACAGGACGAUGUUGUGAAGCAGUCAUUUUUCUAUAGCUAUUGCUUUGUUGGAUUUGCUGGUCAGGCAAAGGAAAGACAAAGUAGUGAAAGUCAGACUGAGCACUGAAACUCCAUUAGAAAACACGAAGCACUCCUGCUUUCUUUCUGCUAUUUAACACAUGAUUGUUAAUGACCGUUUUGAUUACAGGUUAAUGGGUUUUGGGGAUCAGACAUCGAAUAUUGCAACUCAAUGUAACACGGGUCACAAUGAUACUUAUUUUCUGGUAACUAAAAAAAAAUAAAACAAGUUUUUCCAUUAAUAAAGAUCACGUUCUUUUCUUUCUUUUUUUUAAAAGAAAUAUUAUUCAUCAUUAAAAGUGUUAAUCACAAAAAAAGCUGCUCCUGCAUGUCCACUGCGAAUCACAAAUGUUACUUUUUAGACUAUAUAAUUGCUUUCAACAUACUGAAUAAUUCUACUGAGCAUGUAGAAAGUAAUUUGUAACAUCAAUAAAACUCUGUUAAAUCCUAUAGAUAAACUUGUAUGUACAAGACUACCGCUACUUUAUAAGUUAAUUAAGCAUUUUAAACUCUUUUAAAACUGUUUUACAACUUUGCAAUGACACUCUGGCGCUUCUGACUCACAGUCUGUAAGUAUGUUUAAAUAUUCAAAGAAUUUGCCACUGAUGAUUGCGCCAUUGCACGCACAGCUCCAUGAUGAGAUGCGCUCGACUGCCAGUGAUUCGACUGUCAUUAAGGAACUCAAAUCUGCCGUGCAUGACACCUUGAAGCCCAACCAAAGAGGUCAAAAAAAUCCUGUGUGCUGUAGGAUCUGCUUGAGGCAGCCUAUGCUCCAGUGGCUAAAGUAAUCGGUGCGACUGCUGCAGACAGGGCACGGGAAGAAUUUGGCAAAUACAGAGAAGUUACACCUAUACCUCUCUCAGAAGAUCCGCUUAAGUGGUGGUGUAAGCAUGAAGGAGUGUACCCACUCUUGUCCCUCCAGAGAAAAUGCUAUCUUUGUGUUCCAGGGACGAGUGUCCCAGCUGAAAUCAUUUUCUCUACAGCUGGAGACAUUAUAACAGCUCAAAGAAGUUGGCAGAGCACACUGACCAACUCCUUUACUUGCUAAAAUGUACAGUUUCGAAUGAGGCAGUGUUGAUGUAUUUUGAAACUACUGUGAGAAGUCCCGUGUUAAAGUUUUAGUUCACCCAAAAAAAUUACAAUUCUGUCAUCAUUUAUGAAUGUAUUCAUCACCCAUGUUCACUCACUCACAAAAUGAUUUCAGAUUUUUCACAUCUUUUCUUAUCAUUCAGAUCUUUAAAAUUGUUUGGAAAAGAGUACAACAGUUCUCUUUACAAGAGUUUAUUAUACAAUAUGUGCAAUGAAAGUUUUCCGCUUCACAACAAGCCUAGAAAUUAUUUUACAUUCUCAAAGGCAACACAGCAACUACUACACUUGAAAAAAAAAAAAUAUUGUACUUGUUACCUUGUAGGUUAUUUAAACAUAGUAACAGUUCUAUUUAGAACCGUAUUAUCCGGAGGACCUUUCAUUUGUUAAGAUGGUUCUUUGCACUAGAGUUCAGGAUUCUUUUUUCCCACCUUUUUGUUUUUCAAAUUUGUAACAUGUCAAAGCUUCAUCAUUACUUGUUUUCUGGAGCUCCAGACAGACUGUCAACCCACUCUAAACAGUUAAAAUACUGAACUUUCAAAUCGUAUUAAUAAUAUAAAAAUACUGAUAAACAAAAAUUAACUGUUAUUAAAAAGAGUAUUUAUAACACCAGGUACUACAAGCAUGGUUCUUUACAGUACCUUAUAUAAAAGUGUUCUAUUUAGCAUCAGAAAGGGUUCCGCUAUUGUUACAAGCCAAACAACUCUAAGUUGGUACUGUUUAGAUCAUUUUUUUAAGAGACAAAAGACGUAAAACAGUAACAGUGUGUGUAUUUACAUGUACCCCCCCC